AUGGCAGAAGAAGAGUUACCAGGUGUUUUGAUCCUGGAUAUAGGAGGAACUCAUGGUGUGCUAGAAAACCUUGCAGCACUUUUGAAGAAACACUUUCACCUUAUCACCAUGAAGGAAUUUCUUGAAAACAAAAAAGAAAUGAGCAAAAAAAUCCAAUCUGUUUUCGUGUUUGAGUGCAGGCCAGCUAUUGACCGGGAGCUUCUAGAAAGCCUGCCUAAUUUAAAGGUAAUUGGAAACUCUGGGGUUGGAGUCGAUCACUUAGACUUGAAAAUGAUUUCUAACUUUGGCGUAAAAGUGACCAACACCCCACAUGCCGUAGCGGACUCAACAGCAGACAUAGGAAUGGCCUUGAUGCUGGCCUCUGCCAGAAGACUAGUGGAAGGCUGCCAGAUUGCAGUUUCUCCAGACACGAAGUAUUUUGCUGUUGACUGGCUGGGAGUGGAAGUAACCGGAGCGACUCUUGGGAUCAUCGGGAUGGGCAGCAUUGGGUACAAAGUCGCUCAGAGAGCCAGGGCCUUCAACAUGAGAAUCCUGUACCAUAACAGGAAUCGGAGAAUAAAGGAGGAAGAAGAAGCAGUUGGUGCCCACUACUGUGAGAAGAUGGAAGACUUGCUGCAGCAGUCUGACUUUGUUAUGUUGGUUGUGAACCUGACUCCUGAGACUCACAAACUGAUUGGGAAAAAGGAGCUGGGGCUGAUGAAACCCACAGCUACUGUUAUAAACAUCAGCCGAGGUGCAGUUAUUGAUCAGGAUGCCUUGGUAGAAGCUCUCCAGAAUAAGGUUAUUAGGGCUGCCGCUCUGGACGUGACAUACCCUGAGCCUCUGCCAAGAGAUCAUCCUUUAUUAAAAUUAAAUAACAUCAUCAUAACCCCUCACAUUGGAACUGCAACAGUCCAGGCUAUCUGUAUGAUGGCAGAAGAAGCAAUAGCAAAUAUGCUGGCUGUUCUCAAUGGCCAACCCACUCCAAGUGAAGUGUUUCCCAAAUGAUGUGUGCCAGAUGAUAUCGCUAAAUCUCCUGUGUAUGGGAAGGCACUAUUUCUUACAGCACCACUUUUAAACUAAAAAAAA